GUCAGCUGGACGAUUGUUUAGUUCAUGCUGUUCAUAUUAUGAACUCAAGGCAAAUGUUUUUCAUUUCUUUAGAGGGGUAAAUACAUAAUAAUUUAUUGAUAGUUUGAUGCUUAGGUGUUUAAAAUGAAUUGUGUAGUUUGUUCGCGCACACAUGUAGGAAACGGGCUGUUAAAGGGUUCAUUUCACUUCCGUGUCUGACUUUGAGUGAGUUCGGGUUUGUUCAGCAUGUUAAAGGUGUUAAACAGGACUGAUGUUGAGGGGGCACUGGAGGUGGAUUUACUGCUGUCUGAUCAUGAUCUGUGUGACAGUGUUCAGAUCAGACUGGCUAAAGGCCGGUCAGUCAUGUGUUGUUUGGAUACUGAGAGUAAACUGAGGAUUAAAGACAUCACUGACAGCAGUGGAUCAGUGCACAGACUGCAGGAGUCUUACACAGAUUUUUGUUGGGAAGAUCUGUCGGAGCACGACAGACAAGAUGUCAACCCAAAGCUGCUGACCGUGGACUCUCAGUGCAGUCUGAGACUUUAUGGGAUAGAUCCAAACGGUCAAGUGUCUCUCGUGUGUGAGAGCCCUUCAGAUACUUUACUGGAGUCUGUCAAAGACAACCAUUCAGAUGUGUCAGAGCUGACGACUGUGAGACUGCUGUCCUUUAAGGAUGGCCGUUGUGUGCUGCUGGUGAACUCUAGCGUUGUGCUGCAGAUCCGGUGGACGGAAGACUCCUCACACCUGGAGCCGCUGUCCAGCUGUUGGCUCGGUUUACCUCCUCAGACGCAGGACGAGUGUGUGGAUUGUCAUGUCUGCCGCGGAAUGCUGUUCGUUCUGUUCGGUUCUGGAGUCACAUAUGUGUUCGACAGCACUGAUGGGAAACUCAUGGCGACUGUGGAUUUUCCUGCGUACUGCGGUGUGAAACAGACAGAUGCAGACUUCUCUCCACCCGUAACCUUCUGUCUUUUCCAGAUCUCACACGAUCUCAACACCGCCGUGACCGUCACCUGCCACAACCAAGCGCUUGCAGUUGACCUGAAUGACUACUUCCGGGUGUUUCCAGAUCACCUUUGUUGUCGUGCGGCCCCUGAUCGUCCGCUCGUCAAGCCUGUGGAAUCAUGGGACCACGACAGCCUUUUAAGCUCCGCCCACAGCCUGUCAGUUCUGGACACGCCGUUCCAAACAGACAGGUCGUGGGAGUCUCGUCUGUCUUCCCUGUACAUCCGUUCCAAAGCACCGGCGCGUCCCGCUCACAGGUUACCCUGGUACAAAGAGUUCCCCCACGUGGAGUGCCGUCGGGCAUCGGCCACUGCCAAACUCUCCCAGCCCUCUGUGAAGCCAGGGGGUGCUGUGAAGUGUUUUGACGUGGCGGAGGGAGCUACAGCAGCGAUGCUGACCGUCUCCGAGUUCUCCGCCGUGGUCUCGUUCGUCUCCCCGGGGAACACAGCUCUGGCGUACUGGGACCUGGAGGGUGAAAGUGUCACAUACCAUCGCACAGAGACCCCUGCUGUACCCGUCCAGCGCUCGGAUGAGGAACACCAGUGUCUGUUACUGAAGGGGUCUGGUCUGUCUGCCGUUUUGUUCUGCGUGACCCAAGAGGAACUUUUAAACAGGCUGAUGGUUUUUGGCACGGCUGGUAUGGUCGACUCGCUGUGCCAUCUGAACGCCUGGGGACGCUGUUCGAUCCCCAUACACGCUCUUCAGGCCGGACUGAAGAACCACCAGCUGGACACGGUCGAUUUCUUUCUGAAGAGUAAAGAGAACAUCUUGAGUCCGACGUCCGGGUUCGUUCUGCCCGAUCAAGCGUCCGCCAUCUCCAGUCAAACCCAGCUGAGGAAUAUUCACGCUCUGCGUCCGGCGCUGGAUCUUCUGCGCUCAGCGAUUCAAGACACGCACACCGAAGCUCAGAGCAGACAGUUCUGCGAACAAUUACUGAGCAUCACGCUGACCUUCCUCAACACACAGACCAGAGUCCUCCUCACCGGAACACAUGAGCUGGAUGUCCACCUGCAGGAGUGCGUGCAGAUUUUAGACGGCUACAUUUCAGACCUACGGGGUUACAUGAAGAAAAUUCCAUGGCCAGACGGGGGCGCCGCUGAAACGCCUGCGUGUCCUCACACCCCGACGACUGAUGCAGCUACAGAGCGGGAGUGGCAGUCGAUGUCUGAUGAGGAAGUGGUUCAGCGUGCUGUAUUGAGCAGACGGAUUCCACACGUGCAGGCUUUCCUGCGCAGACGCCGUUCUGUUGAAUGCAGUCUGGAGGAUGUCAGGACGACAGGACUGCGAUGCGUCUUCACCUGUCUCACUCGCAGAGACCUGCAGACGGCCCAGACGCUGCUCGCUAACAUGGGCUUUAAUGUGAAGGAGCAGCUUCACAGUAUCUGUGUUCACACUGCUGAUCGGGAUCUAAGGGCGUUCAUGGUUGAAGAGCUUCAGAGGCAGAGCUACCUGUCAACUGGGGAGGUGAAGCAGGUUGAGUUCAUUAAAACCAUCGAGACUUUGUGCUCGACGCCCGCGACAAGAUGCUCGAACCCUAUGAACACCAGCAGAGUUCUGCAGAUGACCCGGUCGGAUCCAGAGAGCAGAAGACUUCUGGAGGAGAUGGUACAAGAUCCAGCGCAGUCCUCCUCAAGGUCCUUACUGGAUUGUGUGCGUCUGGACUGGAUCAGAUACUGGGACACAGACGCACAGAGUUCAGUUCUUCUGUCCAGACUGCAGGACUCCACUCUUGCUUCGUGUGAUGCUGUCACGCUCUGGUCGUAUCUCACCUCUCUUCACGAUUGGGGUCGAGUCAGCGCAUGGGUCUGCAGUAUGACUGCGAGAGAAACGGAGACCACCGCUGCCCCCCGCUGGCCUGCGCUGACACCACACAUCAUCAACAGCUACAGCCACUGCGGAGAAUACAUGCGCAAUCAAAUCCUGGACCUGCUCGCUCCGCAGGGCCUGUUUGUCCAGUCGGAGAUGGAGGACUUUGAGCAGUUGCUAUGGCGACUGGGUCAAGCUGGAGGAGUGAUGCGGGAUGGGAGCGGUCCCCCCGUCCCACAAUUCCUCUCUUCACAGGGCCAAGAGUUUCACCAGCGCUUCAUUCUGCACUGUCUGGAGAACACUCUUCAAUAUCUGCUCUACACCUACCUGGAGCACUACAGGUUAACUCCCGGGAAUUGUCCGGUUCUGGACGACAGGAACUUGUUUGAAAGUUUCCCCUGGUUUGAAAUGUUGCUGAAGUUACAGAGGAUCCCCAGAGACCUCCAAGAUCCGGAGCGGGUGUUCCGGGCGAGUCUGACGGGAGCUCAGGUUCUGUUGCCCGGCAGUCAAGCGAGCAUUAGCAGCAUGUUACUGGAGGGUCACAGUCUGCUCGCCCUCUCUACAAUCAUGUUCAGACCCGGCGGCAUUGACCAGGCGAUGCGAGAGGGAGAGAGAGGGCAGGACCCCUUGAGUCGUGUGGACCCUCAGCUGUUGAGAAUGGCUCUGAGUGCAUAUCCGAAACUCAAAACGGCUCUUUUCCCUCAGAUCGGUCCCCGCGGGGCCUCCUGUGAUAUAUCCCUCUAUCAUCUCAUGCAGUCUUUGCAGCCAUUGGAUCCUUCCAGACUCUUCAGUUGGCAGUCGGGGAACGUUGCGGGCGGCACCGAAACAUCCUCCGAGCCGCCUCAUUUCUCCAGCCCUCAUCUGGUCAACAGAUACGCCCUCAUUGAGAACCUGGACUACCUGUAUUACCUGAGCCAGAGGCGCCCGGCGUUCGCCUACGGGGUUUUUCUCACACAACAUCUGGUGAACUGCAGUAACGUAAAGUCACAGUUGUCUCAAGCCGUGGAGCAGGUCUUCUCUUUAGCUCUGUUGAACUUCAGCUCCGCCUCCGUGACCGCGGCAUGUGUGUGUUUCUGCGAGCUGCUAGGCGAGUGUAGUCUCAAACUGAGGGUGGAUCUGAAAGCGCUCAACCUCAUCCUUAAACUCUGGAGCCGGAACUUUGAGGAUGGAGCCGAAGCCUCGUUCAGACAGAUGCUCGUUGAAAUGGCCGGUAAGCUGGUAUCCGAUGAGAAACACGCGGCUCAGGAGCUCUUGGUCCACCUGGAGGAGGCAGUCAGAGAUGCUCUGGAGAAGAAAGGCGUCAGUCGGUCAUCAUACGAGGCAGCGCAGGAUUGGGCUCUUCCUGUGAAGUUCUGUCAUCUCCACGCCCUGCCGCUAAGCUCCGCCUACCCUCAGGACUGUGCGUGUGACGGACAGUGGAUCAACUUUCUGUUGUUUGUACAGUUACACAGUUAUCCUCCCCAACAGGUGAGAUCUUUGGCUGCCGGUUUCAGUCCGGCUCUUCAGGCUCACAUCUAUUUGGCGUUUCAAGACCUCCCGGCCAUAAACUCUCAUACGGGUUUGGAGGAGCAGGGGGCGGUCAGAGACGACAACCCAGAAGCUUCUGGAGAGCUGUUUCAGGUUCUGCUGAAGAGUCAAGAGAAAGCCAGUCCCUGGAGAUAUCUGCUGUCUGAAUCCGUCCGUCAUCACAGUCCUGCGCUCUCCGUACUCGCCGCCUGCCAUCAGGGUGCAGAACUGCUUCAGUGUCUCUGCGUUUGGAUACUGACGUCCGUAGAGAACGAGAUCUCAGAUGAGGCCACCGCUCACAUCGACGAGAACCCCAGUCAUCACGUGUGGAACCUCCAUGACCUCUCCAUCUUAUGGAAGACCCUCCUCCACGGGAGCAAGAUCAGGCCUCUGAUUCGUGGAUUCCAGCUGUUUCAGAGGGAGUCUCCGCUGAUUUACAUGUUGAACAUGUAUGAACUCUGUUACGACUACAAAGAUUAUCAGAGAGGCAAAGACAAACUCCUGCAUUUCCAGAAAUGUCUGCUGAACUUGCGGAGCAGCAGUGUCGUGUUAAGCUGUGACGUUCUGCCGGUCCAGUGGGUGGAGUCUCAAGCGUCGGUUCUUCUGUUGGUUCUCCUGAAGCAGAGCAGAACUCAAUACGAGCUCAGACGUCUCCUUCAGCUGCUGGUGGACAUGGAGCGUCUUCUCAAAUCCAACGGUCCAGACUUUAAGAAGCUCAGUCAGUUGAGUCAGGUGCUCUCAGAUACGCCCGUCCCGCUGUCUCCGUGUCUCCUGGAGGAUUAUUCCACCUCCACUCUGCAGGGGGAGUGCAGGAAGAUGUUGGAACAGCUGCAGGACAUGGGACUCUUCACGCAGGCCAGGAAAGUUGCGCAGUUGGCCGAGCUGCCCGUCGACUGCCUGAUUAUAAAUGAGCUCUUGCGAGAUCUGUCCGCUCUCAAAGCCAAGCGUCAAUGGGACAGACAGGAAACCCGUCUGGGGUUCUGGAGGAAGUGUCAUCAUCAGCUGAAAACGGAUUGUGUCAAUCCUGAGACGGCCUGCCAGUUCUUUCUGUCUCAGGCUGAGGAGCCCUUGCAGUCGGAUUCAGAGGUCAUUCAACUUCAAGAACGCUGUCUUCUGCUGGGUCUGGCGGGUCAUUGGCUGUCCUGCCGUGAGUCUCCGCUGCCCGUCCUGCGUCUGGCACAGCUGGAGAAGCGUCAGUGGGAAUAUCGCAUCCGAUGGCUGGUCCUCCGCACGGCUCUAGAACGAGAGAGUUUGUUCGCUCCAUCCGCGCUCUCGGAAGAUUCCUUCGAAAACCUCCUGAAAGAGUUUUCCUUUUCCAAAAUGGCCGUCGUAAACGACCAGAUGCAUCUGAGUCUGGAAGGUCUUCCGGCGAGCGAAGACGACUGCGAGCUGUCCGAACAGGACCGUAAGGCUCUGAGCGCUCUUGUUGGCCAGUUGCUGGACGAAGGGAGCGUGAACGAAGCGAGUCGAGUGUGUCGAUACUUCGGCUCGUUUCACAGAGACGUGUGGCUGGUUCUGAGGUGUCGCGGGUUGGCGUGUGGAGAGCUGCAGCCGGGACUGGUGGAGCUUCAGAGUCCGGAUGGAGAUUCUAAACGCAGUUUGCCAUUAUCUCCCAGUAUGAGCAGUCUGUCGUCAUUUGUGGUGGUUUCAUCUCCUGAAGAUCCGGUCUUGGUUCAACUCAAACAUCUGGUGGAUCAGUGCUGUCACGGCAAGAGUUACUGCAAACAGGUUCUCAGUCUCUACGAGCUUUCAAAGGAGCUGCAGUGCACAUACGCAGAGAUCUCGUCUGAAGAACCCGAGGCGGUUCUGCGGAAGGUUCUUCUGUCUAAGCAGUCGGAUCGCGGUAAGAAAGCUCAAGCGUUCAUCAGUGUUCAGGGUCUGCGCUCGGAUGCCGUGGCUCAGCUCAUAUCUUCAGCUGUGGUGGACGGUCUGCUCAGCUCAUCUCAAGAGGGACAAACAGGAGAGCGUCUCAUGUACGGGCCGGUGGACAGCAGGGAGGAGUUCAUUCAACUCGCCAAACUGUGUGGAGAUCCAAACCUGGUGGGAAGCAAACUGCUGGAGAUCAUCUCCACUGUUCCUCUGUCAGAGCUCAGCUGCACUGUUGAGAUCUUGAUCUUAGCUCACGAUUGCUUCAGUCUCACCUGUAACAUGGAGGGUAUCGUGAGGGUCCUGCAGGCGGCCAGACACCUGAGUCACACACACCUGGCACACGGCGAAGGAUACGGACUGCUGGUGCGUCUGCUCACAGGUAUCGGCAGGUACAAUGACAUGACGUAUAUCUUUGACCUGCUGCAUCAGAACCAUCGGUUUGAGAUGCUGCUGAGGAAGAAAGUGGAAUCGAACGUCAGACUGAAGACGGCUUUGUUGGAUUACAUCAAGCGUUGUCUGCCGGGGGACAGCGAGAAGCACAACAUGGUCGCUCUGUGUUUCAGCAUGUGCCGUGAGAUCGGAGAAAACCACGAGGCCGCUGCGAGAACACAGCUGAAGAUCAUCGAAUCCCAGCCGUGGGCGAUCACUGGAGAUCUGAAGAACACUUUAGUGAAGGUUCUGACUUUACUGAAAGAUGCAGCUGAGAGCUACUCAAAGGACUCGUGUGUGCGUCAGGCCGUUAAAUGUGUUAAAAUGGCCAAACUGGUGACUCUUCAGUUGCAUUUCUUGAAUCACGGACAAGAGCUGCGUGUCAUCAAUCUGAAGCCGUCUGAACUCCAGAGCGCCAUUGUUUCCUUACCGCGCUGUUACCAGGCGUUCGUGUUGGCCGAAGCGUACGACCACAGCCCGGACUGGGCGGAGGUUCUGUUUCAAAAGAUCAUUCUGAACGGUGAAUUCGGCUACCUGGAGGAGUUUAAACGCCACAGAUCGCUGCCCACCAGCCUGUUCGAGGAGAUCUCGAAAAAAAUGUUGCAUCACAAGCCACCGGCGAGUUCCAGUCAGAAUCUGAAGAGGCUUUUGUCUCACUGCGAGGAUGUUUACACGCAUUAUAAACUCGCGUACGAGCACAAGUUUCUCGAUGUGGCAAACAUGCUGCUUCAAGACUCCAAAACCAACGGCUUUCUGAACGACAGACUCGGCACUUAAUACACAAACACAUCUAUAAGAGUUCUCAACUUUACUUUAGCCACGACUGAAUCUGAUUUAGUAAAAAUACUUUACUAAACCUUUAAAUGUAUGUAUUUUGCACUCUGCAGUAUUUGUACUGAAAAACUGUUUACAGUGACUGUCAACGUUUGUGUAUUAAACGUUCAGAGGAUUUUCAUCUGGUGUGUGAAUUGACCGUCACGCAGAGAUUCAUUCUGUCAUAAAACAAACAAUGGUUUCUGAGGUUUACCCCAUCACUGCGGAUUUACAGCCGAUGUUUGGGUGGCGUGAGACCUUGGUGUGUUUGAUGGAGAUGAUUUUUGCUGGUCGAUAGGAAGCAAUGAGUGAACAUCACCUCUAGAUGCUCCACACGCCUCACAAUAAUGCUUAAAUCAUCCACAAAUUUGACUACUUCUGUGACCAGAGCUUCUGUUCAGAAGAUUUUAAACCGCUCUCUUGGCAGACGAAUAACUUCUGUGUUAAAGCAGCUGAUGCUGUUUUAUAAAUGUUUGCAUUUGCCAGUUCUGUAAUAAAUGAGAAAUUUAUAUUAUAGUUAAGAAUAGAAAAGGCAAGAAUUGAAUUGGCUCUGAAGACAUUAAUAAAAUCAUUUAACCUCUCCACACGA